AAGGCUAUUAUGGUUCGUGACAAUUAUCGUAAGUUUUGUUUGGGUUGCAGUGAAUGGCAAUAUCGUACAUCUUUAAAGUCGGGAAAUUUCAGUCUUUCCUACUGAGUGGUCUGAGACCCUCCUCCACUUAUACCAGCAUUUCAGAAAGAGAAACGCUCCAGCUCGCGCAAGUUAUACCAGACGAAUCAAAACUGAGAAGGAGAAAAUAUUAAACAAAGAUGAGGAUGGUGCGCCGGUCACACGCCAGCACACGAGCGCCCCCUCUUCUCCCCAUCCUCCUGCUCUCAACCUCCUUUGCGACACUCGCCCCAGCAGACAUAGCGCUGCUACCCGGUUCCGAACCACCAACCCUCGCCAAAGUCAAGAGAGAUUCUUAUUCUGGCGCAUGCUCGGAGGAAGGCCAGUGGAACUGCAUGGCCAACAGCUGGCAACGAUGUGGCGCCGGACAGUGGAGCGAGGAGAUGCCAUGCGCUGAGGGGACCCACUGCACACCCAGCGGGUUGACCACCAAUCUUCAGGUCCAGGAUGAUGAUGACGAUGGCGGGAGUAGUGGGUCGUCUACCAGUACAGCUUCUUCAGCUGCCGCUCUCGGCACGACCACGGGAUCGGGGACGGGAAUCUGGAGGAUCAACUGGCGGUUUAUGGCCUGGGGAGGAGCGGUUGGACUUUGGCUGACGGUACGAUGAGGAUGAUGGCAAUGACAAAAAUGUGGCUGUUGGGUGAUCUUUUGGAGUUAGGGUGGUUUGCCUACGGAGGUAAUAGCAUUGGCGGUCAAAAAGUGCCUGGAGUUCUUUCGACGUGGGUUCAGGAUUGGGUCAACAAGGGAUGCUGACGGUUACACGAUGCCACCUGCGACACAGCAUGAAUAAAAGGAUUAUUGGAGAUUUACUUACAAGUUUAUUCUGUGGAAAGGGCCGAUACAAGAAGAAGCAACUCAAAAAGGAGAAGGGUUAUACGAGAAGGCUCCAUCCAACUACAUGGAUAACACACAUCACACAGAGAAUCGGUGCUGUCGUCUUGGCAUAUUCGCUGAGACAGAACGAGGAUUGGAGCCAAAACAUUCAUACCUAGAGUACUGAAUUCUAUGAUAAAC